GGGCAGGCAGCGUCGGAGAGCGUUCGCGCAUGGUCGUUGGCAGGACCUUGCAGCUCCGCCUGCAAACGUUUGCCUCUCCGUCCCGAAGUGGCUCGGCUCUCUCCGCCUUUUUCCGACGGCCCCCUGUCUGCCUGACCCUGGAAUCUCAGCAAAGGCUGCUGAGCGGAGAGACGAAGGCAGGAGCCGCCGCCGCCGCGGGGGCUGGAAGAUGGCGGUUGGGAUGGGGAGGAGGCGGCAGGGAAAAGAGCAGCGGGGCUUGCCUAGCAAGCGAGGCUGAGCAAGAAAGCGCCGCCGCGUCCUCUUGAACCUCUUCUCGCGUCUCUGGUUCGCAACCUGCUGUGGGUGGCUCUGUCUUCCUCGACUCCCGCCGGCCCGAGAUGGACCCUGGCGGCGCGGCGCUUUCCUCGUUGGCAGCGCUGCUGGGGGAGCGCCCUCGAGAGCUGUUGCUGCCGCCGCCGCCGCCUCUACCUUGAGUCGCCGACUGUCUCCCGCUGGCGGCGGCUGCUGCUGCGGGAGAGGCGGCUGGUUGUGUGCUUGUGCUUGUGCGUGUGGCAGAGGAGGACUUGGAGUCACGUUCGCCGCUGCGGCUGGGGCGCCCCACGCUGCCUCUGCCGUCGCUAGGGAAGAUGUCGGAUACCAAGGUGAAGGUUGCCGUCAGAGUCCGGCCCAUGAACCGGAGAGAGCUGGAGUUGAAUACCAAAUGCAUUGUGGAGAUGGAAGGGAAUCAAACUGUGUUGCAUCCUCCUCCUUCAAACAACAAACAGGGAGAAAACAGAAGACCCCCGAAGGUGUUUGCCUUUGAUUACUGCUUUUGGUCUAUGGAUGAAUCAAACACUGAAAAAUAUGCAGGUCAAGAAGUAGUAUUCAAGUGCCUUGGCGAAGGAAUUCUUGAAAAGGCCUUUCAGGGAUAUAAUGCUUGCAUUUUUGCCUAUGGACAAACAGGCUCAGGAAAGUCCUUCUCAAUGAUGGGCAACACGGAGCAGCUGGGUCUGAUCCCACGACUCUGCUGUGCUUUAUUUCAGAGAAUCACUUCAGAAGAAAAUGAUUCACACACCUUUAAAGUUGAAGUAUCCUAUAUGGAAAUCUAUAAUGAGAAAGUCAGAGAUUUACUAGAUCCUAAGGGGAGUCGACAGUCCCUCAAGGUUCGUGAGCACAAAGUCUUGGGCCCAUAUGUAGACGGUUUGUCUCAGCUAGCUGUUACUAGCUUUGAGGAUAUUGAAUCAUUGAUGUCAGAGGGAAACAAGUCUCGGACAGUUGCAGCAACCAACAUGAAUGAGGAAAGUAGCCGCUCCCAUGCUGUAUUUAAUAUUAUAAUAACUCAGACACUUUAUGACCUGCAGUCUGGCAACUCUGGAGAGAAAGUGAGCAAAGUCAGCUUGGUAGAUUUGGCUGGUAGUGAACGGGUAUCUAAAACAGGAGCAGCUGGAGAACGCUUGAAGGAAGGCAGCAAUAUAAACAAGUCACUUUCAACACUAGGGUUGGUUAUCUCAUCACUUGCAGACCAAGCAGCAGGAAAGGGGAAGAACAAGUUUGUGCCUUACAGAGAUUCUGUACUCACUUGGCUUCUCAAGGACAACUUGGGAGGAAAUAGCCAAACGGCCAUGAUAGCUACAAUCAGUCCGGCAGCUGAUAAUUACGAAGAAACUCUCUCUACACUGAGAUACGCUGACAGGGCUAAAAGGAUAGUUAACCAUGCUAUAGUAAAUGAAGAUCCAAAUGCUAGGGUCAUCCGAGAACUACGUGAAGAAGUAGAGAAACUGAAAGAGCAACUUUCUCAGGCAGAGGCUAUGAAGGCACCAGAAUUAAAAGAAAAAUUGGAGGAAUCUGAAAAACUAAUAAAAGAACUGACGGUCACCUGGGAGGAGAAAUUAAGGAAAACAGAAGAAAUUGCACAGGAGAGACAAAAGCAGCUGGAGAGCAUGGGUAUUUCUCUUGAAUUUUCUGGUAUCAAGGUUGGGGAAGACAAGUGCUAUCUGGUGAAUCUAAAUGCAGACCCUGCACUCAAUGAAUUAUUGGUUUAUUAUUUAAAGGAUCACACCAGAGUUGGUGCAGAUACUUCUCAGGAUAUACAGUUGUUUGGAAUAGGGAUCCAACCAGAACAUUGUGAGAUAGAUAUUGCGCCCGAUGGAGAAGUUUCUCUCACACCGAAAGAAAAUGCAAGAUCCUGUGUAAAUGGCACUUUAGUGUGUUCUGUGACGCAGCUGUGGCAUGGAGAUAGAAUCCUAUGGGGAAACAACCACUUCUUUAGAAUUAACCUACCUAAGCGGAAGCGACGAGAUUGGCUGAAAGACUCUGAAAAAGAAACAUUGUUAGCAGAACAUGAUCUGGAUGCAGCUAGUGAAGCUUCUUCAGAACCAGACUAUAACUAUGAAUUUGCACAGAUGGAAGUUAUAAUGAAGGCACUGAAUAGCAAUGAUCCGGUACAAAACAUGGUCCAGGUGUUGGAGAAGCAAUACUUGGAGGAAAAACGUAGUGCUUUGGAGGAGCAGCGGAUGAUGUAUGAGCGUGAGCUAGAGCAGCUUCGGCAGCAACUCUCUCCAGAGAGGCGGUAUCAGCACUGUAAUGACAGACUUUCUGACACUGCCCAGACAGCUCAGCAGAAAGUGAGCCUCUGGUCAGAAGAGAGAGAUGAGUUAUUUCGGCAGAGCCUGGCUAGACUAAGAGAGCAGAUAGUUAAGGCCAAUACACUAGUGAGGGAAGCAAACUUCUUAGCUGAAGAAAUGCACAAGCUUACAGAUUAUCAAGUGACACUGCAGAUACCUGCUGCUAACCUGAGUGCCAAUAGGAAGAGAGGGGCAAUUGUAAGUGAACCAGCUAUUCAAGUAAGAAGAAAAGGUAAAGGUAGUCAAGUAUGGACAAUCGAAAAACUAGAGAACAAGUUAAUUGAUAUGAGAGAUCUGUAUCAAGAAUGGAAGGAGAAGGUCCACGAGAUGAAAAGUUUUACCGGCAAAAAAGGUGACCCUUUUUAUGAAGCGCAAGAAAACCAUAAUUUAAUUGGUGUCGCAAAUGUGUUUUUGGAGUGCCUUUUCUGUGAUGUUAAACUUCAGUAUGCAGUGCCAAUAAUUAGCCAGCAGGGGGAGGUUGCAGGGCGUCUGCAUGUUGAAGUGAUGCGUGUCACUGGUGCUGUCCCAGAACGUAUAGUGGAAGGAGAUGACUCAUCUGAAAACUCCAGUGAAAGUGGAAGUCUGGAAGUCAUGGACAACAAUGGAGAAAUUAUUCACAGGCCUAAAAAGCUCACCUGCAGGGUAAGAAUAAAAGAAGCAACAGGGCUCCCACUAAAUCUCUCAAACUUUGUAUUUUGUCAAUAUACCUUCUGGGAUCAAUGUGAGUCAACUGUUGCAGCACCAGUUGUAGAUCCAGAUGUGCCUUCACCUCUAAGCAAGGAUGCCCAAUUUACAGUGACUUUCUCUCAUUCUAGGGAUUUUGUGGUGAACGUAACAGAAGAAUUUCUGGAGUUCAUUGCAGAUGGAGCCCUUGCUAUUGAGGUCUGGGGUCACCGAUGUGCUGGGAAUGGCAGUUCCAUAUGGGAAGUGGAUUCUCUUCAUGCAAAAACCAGAACACUGAGAGACAGGUGGAAUGAAGUAACACGUCGAAUAGAAAUGUGGGUUUCAAUUCAAGAACUGAACGAAAUGGGGGAUUAUACAGCUGUGGAGCUCCACCAGGCAAAGGACGUAAACACAGGCGGGAUUUUCCAGCUUAGACAGGGCCAUUCUCGUAGAGUUCAGGUGACUGUCACACCAGUGCAGCAUUCAGGAACAUUGCCACUUAUAGUGGAAGCCAUUCUGUCUGUCUCUAUUGGCUGUGUGAGUGCCAGAUCAACCAAACUGCAGCGGGGUUUGGACAGUUAUCAGAGAGGAGAUGAUGAUGGUGGUGAUAUGGAUAGUUAUCAGGAGGAAGACUUAAAUUGUGUGAGAGAAAAAUGGUCUGAAGCACUUAUAAAACGUAGAGAAUACUUAGAUGAGCAGAUUAAAAAAAUCAGCAAUAAACAAGAGAAAACAGAAGAUGAAACAGAAAGAGAAGCGCGGCUUGUAGAACAAUGGGUGGGACUAACAGAAGAAAGAAAUGCUGUGCUAGUCCCAGCACCAGACAGUGGGAUCCCAGGUGCUCCUGCAAAUUGGAUCCCACCAUCUGGAAUGGAAACACACAUACCUGUACUUUUCCUUGAUUUGAAUGCUGAUGAUCUCAGUGCCAAUGAACAGCUUAUAGGUCCACAUGCAUCAGGAGUGAAUUCAAUUCUACCAAAGGAACAUGGAAGUCAGUUCUUUUAUUUGCCGAUCAUAAAACACAGUAAGGAUGAGGUUUCAGCCACUGCUGCCUGGGACUCUUCUGUGCAUGAUUCAGUGCACUUGAAUAGGGUAACACCUCAACAUGAGCGGAUCUAUUUGAUAGUGAAGGUUACAGUCCAGCUCAGCCAUCCUGCUGCAAUGGAGCUGGUGUUACGUAAAAGGAUUGCAGCUAAUAUUUACAACAAACAGAGUUUUACCCAGAGUCUCAAAAGAAGAAUAUCCCUAAAGAAUAUAUGGUAUGCUUGUGGUGUGACCUAUGAAAUAGUGUCCAAUAUACCAAAGGCCACAGAAGAAAUUGAAGAUCGAGAGACUCUGGCUCUAAUGGCAGCUAGGAGUGAAAAUGAGGGUACGUCUGAUGGCGAAACUUACAUUGAAAAGUAUACACGUGGAGUGUUGCAGGUGGAAAAUAUUUUGAGUCUUGAACGACUAAGACAGGCAAUCACAGUCAAAGAAGCUCUUUCUACUAAGACUCGACACAUACGGAGGAGUAUUAGCACACCAAAUGUGCACAAUGUAUCCUGUAGCCGGUUAGAUCUUUCUGGCUGUGAAGAAGAUAAGGGUUGGUCAGAAAGCCAUCUAGAUGUAUUAGAUUGUUCCUCCAGUUAUCAAGAUGUUUCAUGUUAUGGUACUUUGCCCAGAGAUUCACCUCACAAAAAUAAAGAUUCUGGUUAUGUGUUGGAGAAUCUACAUGCAUCAAUAGUCAGCCCAUUUAAAGCAUUUUCUCCACAGCCACCCAAGUUUUUCAAGCCCUUAAUGCCUGUAAAAGAAGAGAACAAAAAGACCUCUCUUGAAACUCGACCUCUACUUAGCAAAGAGAGCAUGCCAUCAUCUCAGGUACAUAAUGCUGGCUGUGUUAUGCCUUCAGGAAGCAAUGCCAGUAGCAUGCCAGUAGAGCACAAUAGCAUUCAUGAGGAGAAGAUUCAGGAUUCUGAGGAAGAUGACGAGUUGGAGGCCAUUAACAAGAAGCCGUAUGUGCCAGAGGAGUUUGCUGACUUCAGUGUUUACAAUGCUAGCCUGGAAAACAGGGAAUGGUUAUCUUGUAAAGGAGACUUAGUAAACACUCGUGUCCUUGAUAAAGAGGUAUCCCGUAGCCCCACCACUAGCAGUAUUACUAGUGGUUAUUUUUCCCACAGUGCCUCUAAUGCAACUUUGUCUGAUAUGCUUGUCCCUUGUAGUGAUAGUACAGACCAAUUAGCCAAUCAGAUGAGAGAUUUGGACUCCAGUGACCAUUCUGUAGCCCAUGAUUUAAGAUCUUCAAACAAAGAGACCUCAGAAUCAGGAAAGGACUUAGCUAAAGAUAAGAGAUCUGUGUCAUCAAUCAAAGGAAACAGUGCCUUAGGAAGAGAAAUCACACUGUCUGAAUGUACCACUGAAGCAGGUGCCACAAAGUCACAUGGUUCAUCUUUGGAAUCCUCAGCUAAUAAAAGCACACCACAUGGGAUUGAGUUUACAUCUCGGGAAGCAACAGUUGAACACACUUCAGAUGUGUUUGAGGAUUAUGCAUUUACAGAAUUCAUGGGUGUUGAAGAUGGAAAGGAACUUGAAUAUGGAGUAAUUUCACAGUUCUGUUCAAAUGGUGGUUCUAGUAGAAGAAAAAAUCUCUCAACAGCUGGCAUUAACUGUGCCUCAGGUUUCUCGAAAACUACUUGCAACCAAGACAAUCCUGUGAGCCAUCUGGACAUUACACCAGUGGAAUACCAUCUGUCCAACAGUAUUGAACCCCCUUUAUUGGCUGCCAUUGUAACAGAAGCUUCAUAUUGUCGGAUGUAUGCAGAUUCUUUCCUAGCAGAUGGUUUUACUGCAAAGAAACAUUUAGAUUCCUCUGGUUGUACAGAUGUUGCUUCCAAAGAGCACCCUAACUGGGUGGCAGUGGGGGAACAAGUGUGUAUUGGUAGUAAUAAGACUGGCAUAGUAAGAUAUGUUGGACCUGUGGAUUUUUCAACUGGUACCUGGGUUGGCGUUGAAUUACAUUUCCAGAUGGGGAAACACGAUGGAACUGUAAAAGGCAGAGAGUACUUCCGAUGCAAGCCACGACAUGGGGUAUUUGUUCGUCCUGGAUACCUCACUAAAGCACCAAUUCCAACAAAGAUAUGCAGUAGCACUUCACAGUCUCAGGUAUCAUCCAACAUGGAGAAGUGGAAGAAUCCAGUUCAAGAGUCACCCUCUUCCAAAGCAGGAGCAGAAGCCCUCUGUCGGUCAGGAGAUGCAGCUGCUUCUGCUUUUUCUAGAAAACAGGAGAUCAGGAAAUCUUGGAUUAACUGAAGCUGCAGUUCUUGUUUUUGCACUUGCUGCACACAUCACUGUGUGGAAACACUUUUCGAAGCGAUUGUAUAGUUUUAUCUGUCUUUGCUGAAUGUUUGAGUUGUGGACAUAACUCUCUGAAUAUAUAUAUAUAUGAGAAUGACUCUAUCAUUUGCCUAAAUAUAGCUAUACAUUACAGUUAAUUUGUAGAUAAAAUGUGAGGUACUUGACUGUUCGUUACUAGAUCAUAUUUUAAACAAGAUAUUUUAUUGUGUGGGAAAUUAGUGGUGUGUGUGUGUGUGUGUGUGUGUGUGUGUGUGUGUGUGUAUAAUCUCUCUCUGAGGGAAAAUUUGACAAUAUGCUGUUAAUUACCAAAGAACUUGUAUUUGACUGACAUAUGUUUUGUUUAUAUCUUGAUUUUUAUUGUACAUGUUUGUUUUAACUGAUAGCUUGGUGCCAUAUUUGUAGAGGUUAACACCAGGCGCCAUGCUGCCUUACAUUCUGUGUUUAAUAAGCACACUGAAGAGACUGCUCUUUUUUUUUUUUGUCUUCCUACGGGCCUGCCACUGUGCUUACUUAACAUGUAUUGAAAAUAUUAGCAAUGGCUAAAGCUUGUAUGUCUGGCAUUUCAUGUGCCAACUCUGGCCAUCCAGGCGUGCAGAAAUAGUAUUACUGCGGAGGAGGAAGCGGACAAAAUUUUCAACAAAUGGCUUCUUUUGAAAACAGGGAGAAGAAACAAAGCAGCAGUAGUGAAUCACAACUACAAACUGUACACUGCUGUUGGCUAUGACCAAGCUCAGAUUAUGUGUUCUGAAGUGAUCUGUAAAGUUCAUUUUUUAACUGUGGAUUUGGCAUGAUGCUUUUGAGUUCUUGGAGAGCUCUUCCAUGUGUAGAUACCAUUUUGGAUAUUUGUAAAGUAGCAAAUGGUAAAAAGAGAAGAGAUGAAUGGCCUGCUGUAUUUUUUCUUUAUUUUUUAGAAAGUAAUUGAGAUAAUGGGACCUUACAGAAAAGCUGCUGUUCUUCUCUGAUGUAUAUGUAUAGUAAGCUGACUCCAAGUAUUUUACAAUUUACUGUAAAUAAGUGUAAUUUAUAUUCUAUUUCUGCUAUACUGUAUUUAAUUGGUACAGAACAUUUGUGUGUUAGAAUACAGAUGGUUUACUUCUGAUCUGAUGUUUGUGCCUAUUUGACUUCACAUUCUGUAACAAGACUUUAUUGGAGAUAAAGACUUAAUUAGUUACUAAUUCAUAGUUUUGGCAUAUGCUGCAUUUACCUUUUGAUACACAUUUAAAAGAGAAUACAGUAUUAAAAGAGUGGAGUGUAUUCAUCACGGGUCCAUCAAAAGCCCCUACAAUGAAAUAAUUGUGCUUUCUUGAACAGAUUAUGAUAUAUAUAAUAUUAUUGCCAUAUAGGUGACAUUCAAUUUAUAAAUUGUUAGAAUGUAUGUUGCUACAAGGAAAUACCUCCAGUUGCUUAUGUUUAUAUUCCAUAGUCACAAAUAGUUGUUUGGUCCAUCAAUAACUUCAUCAGUACUUCUGUACUGUCCCAACAACCAAUGUGAAGUAACUACUGUUCACUUCAGUACAUCUGCACAUACUGAAAUAAAGUACUUUAGUGCUGAAAUUGACACAUAUUUGAAAUAGUAGAUGCAAUUCACCAUUGUACAGUAAUAAAUAAUCACUGUAAUGAUCCCAGGGCAAUAAAUAUUUGCCUAUAGGAAAAGCUAUAAAUGUACUGUAACAUUGGAAUUUGGUCCUAAACAAAUGUUUAAAGUCCCAGAGCUGGAACUUCUGAAACGUUUAAGAUAAAUAGUGUAGUCAUAUUUGAAUCUGUGACUGUAAGGGUAGCCACAAAGAAUCUUAUCUCUUUUUAUUAUGAGGGCCAGAAUUUGCAGUGGACCUAAACAUUACAAAACAUUUUUUUUGUGUUUUGUCUUGUCAAAUACUGUUUUAAUCUAGAUUCCAACACAUUGGGCUACAUCCAAACAAAGAGUUUGCAUUUGGAAAAUGUUUCUGUACACAGACAAAAAGGGCAGUUUUCAAUGGUUCUUCUGCAGCCACCUAUCCCUGAGACCCUGCAACCCUCUAUGUUUGGAAGACACAGGUGGCUGCAAAGGGAAAGGGGGGGAAUAAUUAAAAAUCAUCCCUCUCCUCUGUCUGCACCCAGAAGAAUUCCCCAUGUGUAACUGCUAGUUUGGAUGUAAGCCACUGCUUUUAGUGUGUCAGUUCUAAUAUCGUGCACUCCAAAGCACAUUAUUUCCCACUAAUGCAUACACAUGCACAUUUCAUUGGAAGAUGUAGCCCAUAUAGCUUUGAUGUCCUGAUCUUGAUCAUGGUAUUUGGGCUUAAAAUUAACAGGAGAGUUUUUUGUAGUUGGUAUUUAGCAAGGUAUUAUGAAAAUGCUGGAAUUGAUUUGUUUUGUAUACAGCUGGCUUGUUUUUUAAUGAACAUAAGUCUGUUGCUAUGUUACUUAGCCUUGGUGUCUAUUUUUUAAAAAUUCAAAAUAAAUAUAAAUUUAAAAGAAUAGGUCACUUGCAAAA